AUGAACUCACUCAACAUAAUAUCCGCGCGAGUCUCCCCGACAGCCAGUCCAGCCCCUUCACGAUCCAACUCGCUCAGUCACGUUGGCUUGGCUGUGUCUCCAUCCGACCAAGAUGCCGAGCCCUCGGACGAGACUGCCGUCGCCGACAAGGAUGCAACGACUUCCGAAACGAACGAGCACGCAUUCGCGAAGCGCGACGGUCGAGACUAUUCGCGUGGCGCGGACGAGCACACACCCUUAUUGGAAAAGAGCGAGGCCAAGGACGCAAAUACCCGGACUCUUUCAUGGCAUGUAGUCCCGAGGCGCAUAGCAAACGGGCUGAUCAAUUCCGUCCACUGGGUCUUGUCUACUAUUGCGGCGCCCGGAGUCUACUUGAUUGCCCUCAUCUACGACGAACAAGGAAACUUCGCCCCUUUACGUCGACUGAAGAGUCUCUUUGGUACCUAUGGCGGUGAUACGGGCAAACUCGCCGCCGACUACCAUGAAAAAGUCAGCCAGCAGAGCGAGAACAAAUCCACCUCUAGACGUGCUAGCCAAGGUGCUCGUGGGAAACAUGCUUUUACAGCAUCGCGGCCUGCUGUGUCGUCAGGGUCCUCGUCGUCGGGCUUGUCGUCCGAGUCGGAAUCGGAAAUGAGUAGCAGGGCGAAGGGCGAUCGUCACAGCUCCGGAUCUUCCGGUCGCCAUGCGCGGUCCAAGUCGGCGCAGCCCAGUGAAGAGAUCGCGCCCGCACGGAGGUCAAUACGGAUAAAACUGAACAACGAUGAUGCGAUGCGACAGCGGAAACACAAGAAGUCGCAGUCGGCCAGUGCCGGCAGUGGUAGCGGGACUGGCGAUGUGUCCGCAGACCUGUCGGCGCACCUGAAGUCUCCCACAUCCCCUGCCGGCGCCUUGACGAAGUACCCGAAGACUCCCGCUCCUCCACGGCCGCUGCUACCACGGCGACAGCCUUCUUACAUUCCAUACGAACCCGUCGACCCGAAACACCUCAAGACGUUGAUACUAGACCUGGACGAGACACUGAUACACAGUAUGUCUAAAGGAGGCCGGAUGGGCUCGGGACACAUGGUCGAAGUGCGGUUGAACACAACGUAUACGGAUAGUGGAGGACAGGCGGCAUUGGGGCCGCAGCAUCCAAUCCUAUACUAUGUCCACAAGAGGCCGCACUGCGACGAGUUUCUGCGAAAGGUUUGCAAGUGGUUCAACCUAGUCAUCUUCACGGCGUCGGUACAGGAGUAUGCGGACCCGGUGAUCGACUGGUUGGAAUCGGAAAGGAAGUACUUUUCAGGACGAUACUACCGGCAGCAUUGCACGUUCCGGCACGGGGCAUUUAUCAAGGAUCUGAGCUCGAUAGAACCGGACCUGAGCAAGGUCAUGAUUCUGGACAACAGUCCCCUGAGCUACAUGUUCCACCAAGACAAUGCAAUCCCAAUACAAGGAUGGAUCAAUGACCCGACAGAUAACGACUUGCUACACCUGGUGCCUCUCUUGGAAGGACUGCAGUACGUUUCCGAUGUUAGAGCGCUUCUUGCUUUGAGGGGUGGAGAGGACGGGCAGCAUGUGACUUGA